AGAAAAUAACCGAUGUGGGACUGAAAAAACACUCGUCUUCUUCAGGCAAAAUCCAUGGAGAGAGGAAAAAUACACUCACUCUUCUCUCUCUACUUGUGCUUUUCUUGUGCUCACUAUUAUUAAUUUCUCUCGCUUUUUCCCCCUUUCUCUCUCUACCCAACCCAGAAAUACACUCACGAACGAACCCAUCAUCAUUUCCAGUACUCGAAGGAGGAACAAUCGCCUCUGUGCCUUCCAAUUUCUGUCACUGAUUUUGUCCAAUUUGAGGGAAAUAUGAAGGAAAAGAGUGAAACUGGAGGUGGGUAUGUGAGGGCAGAUCAGAUAGAUCUGAAGAGCUUAGACGAGCAGUUGCAGAGACAUUUGAGCAAAGCAUGGACUAUGGAGAAGAACAAGAGCAAGGUAGACGAAGGCGGCGGCGGCGGCGGCGGUGGUGGUGGUGGAAAGCUGCCGAUCGCCAGGCAGGAAUGGGAGAUUGAUCCUUCUAAACUCAUCAUCAAAAGCGUCAUAGCUCGUGGUACUUUUGGAACUGUUCAUCGUGGAAUUUAUGAUGGCCAAGAUGUUGCUGUUAAACUUCUUGACUGGGGUGAAGAGGGUCAUAGGUCGGAGGCAGAAAUCGCGUCGCUUAGAGCAGCUUUUACACAAGAAGUUGUUGUUUGGCACAAGCUUGACCAUCCUAACGUUACGAAGUUUAUAGGAGCAACAAUAGGCUCCUCAGAUCUACAAGUACAAACAGAAAAUGGCCAAAUUGGCAUGCCGAGCAAUAUUUGUUGUGUCGUUGUUGAAUAUUGUCCUGGAGGUGCUCUCAAAUCUUACCUCAUAAAGAACAGGAGGAAAAAGCUGGCGUUCAAAGUAGUCGUCCAGCUAGCAUUAGACCUUGCAAGAGGGUUGAGCUAUCUUCACUCACAGAAGAUUGUCCAUAGAGAUGUCAAGACAGAAAAUAUGCUUCUGGACAAAACAAGAACGGUAAAAAUUGCAGACUUCGGCGUUGCUCGUGUCGAGGCCUCAAAUCCCAAUGAUAUGACUGGCGAGACUGGAACCCUUGGUUAUAUGGCUCCAGAGGUUCUCAAUGGCAAUCCAUAUAACAGGAAAUGUGAUGUCUACAGCUUUGGCAUCUGUUUGUGGGAAAUAUACUGCUGCGAUAUGCCGUAUCCCGACCUUAGCUUCUCGGAAGUGACUUCAGCGGUUGUCCGACAGAAUCUUCGGCCAGAGAUUCCUCGGUGUUGCCCGAGCUCGCUUGCAAAUGUAAUGAAGCGAUGUUGGGACGCUAACCCAGACAAGCGUCCAGAGAUGGAUGAGGUUGUAACCAUGUUGGAAGCAAUUGACACAUCGAAGGGUGGAGGUAUGAUCCCCAUCGAUCAGUCUCAAGGCUGUUUUUGCUUCCGCAGGUACCGAGGUCCUUGAACGAUGGCAGCAGCAAUAAUGCAACGUCGAAGAUUCGGAUUGUAAUUUGUCCAAUUGAAAAGGAACUGGAACUUGAGAAUGAAGGGAACAAGUAGAGUGAAGGGUAUAAGCUAGCUAUAUGCUUUCUUUCGUUGUAGCGAUUCCUUCCCUCUCCUUGUGAAGAAAAAAUGAGUAAAUUUUUCCAGAAAGAUAAAAGCUUCAAUGUUCUUCUGUUAACUUGGAUUGAACAUUAUUACAAAGCUUCGUUAAUAAUAUUUGGGCAAUGCUGUGGAUUUUCUUUUAAGGAAAGUUCACAAUUUCAUCAA